AUGAAUUUUAUUUUUUAUUUAUUUAUUAAAAAAAUUUUGAAUAUUUUUCAUAUUUUAAUACUGUUAGGAAUUUUUGUCAUUAAAACAGAAUCAUUUACUGGAGAACGUUGUGGUCAUUCCUCUGUUCUCGUAGAUUCUAAAUUAUAUUUUUUUGGUGGAAUAAAAGUUAAUGGAUUUUUAUCGGAUGAAGUAUUUUAUCUUGAUGUCUCUAAAACAUUUAAUAUUGAAUCACCACCAUGGGUUGACCUUUCAAUACAUGCAAAGAUGCCAUUUGGUAGUGCAAUGACUACAAUGUCAUUAGUUUAUAUUGAUAAUGAACCUAUUGCUUAUCUUUUUGGUGGAAUGAUGUACGAUCCAAUUACAAAUGUAAAUAUAUAUGUUACAAAUGUUCAUAGAUUUAAUCCAAAAACAUUAGAAUGGAAUGUUCCAACUAUUAAUGGUAAAGAACCUUUAAAAAGAAGAAAUAUACGUGGUGUUAGUGAUGAUAAUGGAAAAAUUUAUAUUUUUAGUGGAUUUCGUUCAAGUGAUUUUUAUUUUUAUGAUGAAAUAUUAAUUUUGGAUACGGUUAAUUCAGCGUGGUCUUAUGGUUCUACAAUUGAUAUGCCUAUUAGACGUGCUGGUUAUAGUGCAACUAUGCUAAAAAGUGGUGUUAUUGUAUACAUUGGAGGAUCAAUGACUGAAUAUCAAAUAACAGAAGAUAUCAAUCGUAUUCAUCUUUAUGAUACUAAACAAGAUACUUGGUCAUCAAUGAUUGCGACGAAUACUAGUUUUAUAGAAUCUCGUUUUUUUCAUUCGACUGUAUUAGAUCCUGAUGAAAAUAUCAUAGUUUAUGGUGGAAGAAAAUCAAAAGUCGGUUUCGGGAAAGUCGAACCUGCUUUAAUUGUUUUAAAUACACGGAAAACUCCUUUUGAGUGGACGGUUCCAUUAGUAUCCACAAAUGUUGGUCAUAUUUUAGCAACAAGUGGUCAUACGGCAAAUUUAGUUGGAAAUUAUAUGAUUGUAGCAUUUGGGAAUAUUACCGAAUUACACUCACGUAAUAAAAUGUAUAGUUCAAGGAUGUAUAUAAUGGAUAUAAGAAAUUAUACAUGGGUUGAAACAUUUGAAGUAGAGAACACAAAUAAUAAAACGGAAGAAUCACCAAAUGUACCAAAUGCGAACUUACCAGAAAACAUACAACGAAUAAAAAUUGUGAUUGGAGUUAUUUCUGGAGUUAUAAGUAUAAUAAUUUUAAGUAUUAUUGGGUUUAUUGUUUAUAAAAAGCGUGGAAAUGAUGAAAAUAGAAAUAUGGUCAAACAUCUUAAUAUGGUCAAACAUCUUAAGCAUGUUACAAACGAAUAG